AUGGUGCUGGAUCUGGACCUGUUCCGCGCCGACAAGGGCGGGGACCCCGCCAUGGUGCGGGACAUGCAGCUCAAACGCUUCAAGGACCCGGCGCUGGUGGACGCGCUGGUGCGGGCCGACGGCGCCUGGCGGAGGUGCAGGUUUCGUGCUGAUAACCUGAACAAGCUGAAGAACCUCUGCAGCAAAACCAUUGGAGACAAGAUGAAGAAGAAAGAGCCUGUGGGGACGGAUGAGUCUGUACCAGAGAGCGCACAGAACCUCGAUGAGCUCACAGCUGAUGUUCUGGGGGCUCUGCAGGUGUCCCAGAUCAAGCAGGUCAGGCUGCUGAUCGAUGAGGCCAUCCUGCAGUGCGACGCCGAGCGCCUGCGGCUGGAGGCCGAACGCUUCGAGAGCCUGCGGGAGAUCGGCAACCUCCUGCACCCCUCGGUGCCCAUCAGCAACGACGAGGAUGUGGACAACAAGGUGGAACGGGUGUGGGGUGACUGCAGCUGCAGGAAGAAGUAUUCCCACGUGGACCUGGUGGUGAUGGUGGACGGUUACGAGGGGGAGAAGGGAGCCGUGGUGGCUGGCAGCCGUGGCUACUUCCUGAAGGGUCCCCUGGUGUUCCUGGAGCAGGCCCUGAUCCAGUAUGCCCUGCAGAGCCUCCGUGCCAAGGGCUACACGCCGGUCUACACCCCCUUCUUCAUGCGCAAGGAGGUGAUGCAGGAGGUGGCCCAGCUCAGCCAGUUCGACGAGGAGCUCUACAAGGUGAUCGGCAAAGGCAGCGAGAAGGCAGAGGACAGCUCCAUCGACGAGAAGUAUCUGAUUGCCACCUCGGAGCAGCCGAUCGCCGCCCUGCACCGCGACGAGUGGCUGCGGCCCGAGGACCUGCCCCUCAGGUACGCAGGGCUGUCCACAUGCUUCCGGCAGGAGGUGGGGUCCCACGGCCGCGACACCCGCGGCAUCUUCCGCGUCCACCAGUUCGAGAAGAUCGAGCAGUUUGUCUAUGCCUCACCCCACGACAACAAGUCCUGGGAGGUGUUUGAGGAGAUGAUGGCCACGGCUGAGGAGUUCUACCAGUCCCUGGGCAUCCCCUACCACAUCGUCAACAUCGUCUCAGGCUCCCUGAACCACGCUGCCAGUAAGAAGCUGGACCUGGAGGCCUGGUUCCCUGGAUCCGGCGCCUUCCGCGAGCUGGUGUCCUGCUCCAACUGCACCGACUACCAGGCACGGCGCCUGCGCAUCCGCUACGGCCAGACCAAGAAGAUGAUGGACAAGGACCUGGCACUUGGCCUUGUUGCCCCUUGGCUCAUCCCUUUCCCAUGUGUGUGUCCCCAACAGGUGGAGUUUGUGCACAUGCUGAAUGCCACCAUGUGUGCCACCACCCGUACCAUCUGUGCCAUCCUGGAGAACCACCAGACCGAGGAGGGCAUCCGCAUCCCUGAGAAGCUCCAGGCCUUCAUGCCCCCAGACCUGCGGGAGCUGAUCCCCUUCGUCAGGCCAGCGCCCAUCGAGCAGGAGCUGUCCAAGAAGCAGAAGAAGCAACAAGAAGGAGGCAAGAAGAAGGCUGGGGGGGGAAGCCAGAAGGUGCUGGAGGAGCAGAUGCAGAACAUGGGAGUCAACAGCGCCUGAGGCCUGCCCACCCCUGCCACCCCCCUCCGUGUCCCCUCCCCGGGGACCCUGGGGACCUGGAAUGCUGCUGCUGGGGCUGUGCCCAUCACCCUGGCUUCAGGGCCUGCCUGCCCCCCCUGCCCCCCUCCACAGCACAAAGGACUGACACU